CAGGUAAUUGCUGCCAUGGAAACACAACUGUCUAAUGGACCAACAUGCAAUAACACAGCCAAUGGUUCAACUGCCAUAAACAAUUGCUCGUCACCAGUUGAUUCAGGGAAUGCAGAAGACAGCAAGACCAAUUUAAUAGUCAACUACCUUCCGCAGAACAUGACACAGGAGGAGCUGAAGAGUCUGUUUGGCAGCAUUGGUGAGAUAGAAUCCUGCAAGCUUGUGAGAGACAAAAUAACAGGACAGAGCUUAGGAUACGGCUUUGUGAACUAUGUGGAUCCCAAGGAUGCCGAAAAAGCUAUAAACACGCUGAAUGGAUUGAGACUUCAAACUAAAACAAUAAAAGUUUCAUAUGCACGACCAAGCUCAGCUUCUAUCAGAGAUGCAAAUUUGUACGUCAGCGGACUCCCAAAAACAAUGACCCAAAAAGAACUGGAGCAGCUCUUUUCCCAAUAUGGACGCAUUAUUACUUCUCGUAUCCUAGUUGACCAAGUCACUGGAGUAUCAAGGGGUGUAGGCUUUAUCCGGUUUGACAAGCGCAUUGAAGCAGAAGAAGCUAUCAAGGGUUUGAAUGGCCAGAAGCCUCCAGGUGCCACAGAGCCCAUCACUGUAAAGUUUGCUAACAACCCAAGCCAAAAAACCAACCAGGCCAUCCUUUCCCAGCUGUACCACUCUCCAAACAGAAGGUAUCCAGGACCACUGGCUCAGCAGGCUCAGCGUUUUAGGUUGGACAAUCUGCUGAAUAUGGCUUAUGGAGUAAAGAGUAGGUUUCCUCCAAUGACCAUUGAUGGAAUGACCAGUUUAGCUGGAAUUAAUAUCCCUGGACAUGCAGGAACCGGAUGGUGCAUUUUUGUGUACAAUUUGGCCCCUGAUGCUGAUGAGAGUAUCCUCUGGCAAAUGUUUGGACCCUUUGGAGCAGUAACCAAUGUGAAGGUCAUCCGUGACUUUAACACUAACAAGUGCAAAGGUUUUGGAUUUGUGACUAUGACAAACUAUGAUGAGGCAGCUAUGGCAAUAGCCAGCCUGAAUGGAUACCGCCUUGGGGACAGAGUGUUGCAGGUCUCCUUUAAAACAAACAAAACGCACAAAGCCUAACAAGUUAUUCUCAGUGCAUUAAUAUAUGAAAAUAAUACAACAAAGGCAAAUUAAGAGAAACUUUAAAUGUCUUUGUUGUAAGUCAGUGUGGAAAUGGGGAUAAAAUGACUACUUAG